CGGAUGACGUGGCCUGGCCGCGUCUGCUCCGGCGAGCCACCGGCAAACCCGGAGCCGCCAGGGCUGUCCGCGGCCUAGUCCCGACGCGCGUGUGCUUGGGAGCCGGAGCCGGGGACAGCGUUGGCGGCGGCCCGGCCUGCGGGGACCCGACGGGUCCGCUGCCAUGGGGGAGUGACGCGCCUGCGCCCGCUGUUCCGCGUCAGCGGCGAGACAUGAGGAGGCCCCGCGGCGGCGGCGGCGGCUCCUGAUCCCCGGCAUGGAGGAGAAAUACGGCGGGGACGUGCUAGCUGGCCCGGGCGGCGGCGGCGGCGGCGGCCUCGGGCCGGUGGACGUGCCCAGCGCUCGGUUAACGAAAUAUAUUGUGUUACUAUGUUUCACUAAAUUUUUGAAGGCUGUGGGACUUUUUGAAUCGUAUGAUCUCCUAAAAGUAGUUCACAUUGUUCAGUUCAUUUUUAUAUUAAAAUUUGGGACUGCAUUUUUUAUGGUUUUGUUUCAAAAGCCUUUUUCUUCUGGGAAAAGUAUUACCAAACGCCAGUGGAUCAAAAUAUUUAAACAUGCAGUUGCUGGCUGUAUCAUUUCACUCUUGUGGUUUUUUGGCCUCACUCUUUGUGGACCACUAAGGACUUUGCUGCUAUUCGAGCACAGUGAUAUUGUUGUCAUCUCACUGCUCAGUGUUUUGUUCACUAGUUCUGGAGGAGGACCAGCAAAGACAAGGGGCGCUGCUUUUUUCAUUAUUGCUGUGAUCUGCCUAUUGCUGUUCGACAAUGAUGAUCUCAUGGCUAAAAUGGCUGAACACCCUGAAGGACAUCAUGACAGUGCUCUAACUCACAUGCUUUACACAGCCAUUGCCUUCUUAGGCGUGGCAGAUCACAAGGGUGGAGUAUUGUUGCUAGUACUGGCUUUGUGUUGUAAAGUUGGUUUUCAUACAGCUUCCAGAAAACUCUCUAUAGAUGUUGGUGGAGCCAAACGUCUUCAAGCUUUAUCCCAUCUUGUUUCUGUGCUUCUCUUAUGCCCUUGGGUCAUUGUCCUUUCUGUGACAACUGAGAGUAAAGUCGAGUCUUGGUUUUCUCUCAUUAUGCCUUUCACAACGGUUAUUUUUUUUGUUAUGAUCCUGGAUUUCUAUGUCGAUUCCAUUUGUUCAGUCAAAAUGGAAGUUUCCAAAUGUGCCCGUUACGGGUCCUUUCCCAUUUUUAUUAGUGCUCUACUUUUUGGAAAUUUUUGGACGCAUCCAAUAACAGACCAGCUUCGGGCUAUGAACAAAGCAGCACACCAGGAGAGCACAGAACACGUCCUUUCUGGAGGAGUGGUAGUGAGCGCUGUAUUCUUCAUUUUGUCUGCCAACAUCUUAUCAGCUCCUUCUAAGAGAGGACAGAAAGGUACCCUAAUUGGAUAUUCUCCUGAAGGAACUCCUCUUUAUAACUUCAUGGGUGAUGCUUUUCAGCAUAGCUCCCAGUCGAUCCCUAGGUUUAUUAAGGAAUCACUAAAACAGAUUCUUGAGGAGAAUGACUCUAGGCAGAUCUUUUACUUCUUGUGCUUGAAUCUGCUUUUUACCUUUGUGGAAUUAUUCUAUGGCGUGUUGACCAAUAGUCUGGGUCUGAUCUCAGAUGGAUUUCACAUGCUCUUUGACUGCUCUGCUUUGGUCAUGGGACUUUUUGCAGCCCUGAUGAGUAGAUGGAAAGCAACUCGGAUUUUCUCCUAUGGGUAUGGCCGAAUAGAAAUUCUCUCUGGAUUUAUUAAUGGGCUUUUUCUAGUGGUAAUAGCUUUUUUUGUGUUUAUGGAGUCAGUGGCUAGAUUAAUUGAUCCUCCGGAAUUAGACACACACAUGCUAACACCAGUCUCAGUUGGAGGGCUGAUAGUAAACCUUGUUGGUAUCUGUGCCUUUAGCCAUGCCCAUAACCAUACCCAUGGAGCUUCUCAAGGAAGCUGUCACUCAUCUGAUCACAGCCAUUCACACCACGUGCAUGGACACAGUGACCAUGGGCACAGUCACAGCCACAGCCAUGGAUCUGCAGGCAGAGGCAUGAAUGCUAACAUGAGGGGUGUAUUUCUACAUGUUUUGGCAGACACACUUGGCAGUAUUGGUGUGAUCGUAUCCACCCUUCUUAUAGAGCAGUUUGGAUGGUUCAUUGCUGAUCCUCUCUGUUCUCUUUUUAUUGCUGUAUUAAUAUUUCUCAGUGUUGUCCCACUGAUUAAAGAUGCCUGUCAGGUUCUACUUCUAAGACUGCCACCAGAAUAUGAAAAAGAACUACAUAUUGCCUUAGAAAAGCUACAGAAAAUUGAAGGAUUAAUAUCCUACCGAGACCCACAUUUUUGGCGUCAUUCUGCCAGUGUUGUGGCAGGAACAAUUCAUAUACAGGUGACAUCUGAUGUGCUGGAACAAAGGAUAGUACAGCAGGUUACAGGAAUACUUAAAGAUGCUGGAGUAAACAAUUUAACAAUUCAAGUGGAAAAAGAAGCAUACUUUCAACAUAUGUCUGGCCUGAGUACUGGAUUUCAUGAUGUUCUGGCUAUGACAAAACAAAUGGAGUCCAUGAAAUACUACAAAGAUGGUACUUACAUCAUGUGAGAUAACUUGGGAAUUACCCCUGCGGUAUGAGCAAUGAAGAUUAAAUGACCGGGUAUUUAUAAACAGCCAGAAGGAAGAAAAUUGCACAUAAUUGUACAGAAACAUUUUGUCGUAUUUGAAAAAAAUUUUAAAGCUCUCUACAGUUGGAUCAAGGACUCUUUCGUAAAGGAAAUUUAAAUACAGAAUGAAGCAUUAGUUGUGCAAGUAAAAUAAUUGUUUAAAUUAUGUGUAAAACAGGAGACUUAACAUUUGAGUGAGCAUGAUGUGUCACAGCAUCUUCAGGAAUGAACAGAUGAUGAUGGAAUCUAGUGAGGACCACAAUUACUGGUGUGUUUACUUUGUCAGAAAGCAUCUCCAUUGUAAAUACUGUAUCUACAUGUUUAUUACAAAGACCCAAAUGAAAAGUUUUUAGUCAAUUUUUUGCAUAGCCCUAGGAUAAAAUAGGAAUAAAAGUUCUAUAUUUAUGGAU